AUGGUAGUAAUCUUUGGGGCCGGACAGGACAAAGGUGACUGGGAGGGAGAGGAUGCGAUAAAUACGCAAGACGGAGUCCAAGGAGAUAGAAUUAACCAGGAGAGCGAAAGUACACGACAAAGAAAUUCUAUCUCCACGACGAUCGCGAGUGAGCCAGCCUCUUCAUUAGGUUCCGAAUUAGCUCCUGAACUGGUCUCCCGUGGUGGAAUCACCGGCAGUCCUCCCCGCCCCGACAAUGCCGCGACCUCUCUCAAGGACAUGCGCUUGGUUCGCGUCUUGGUCGGUACUUUCUUCCGUGACAUUGCUCCCUUGAGAAGCUUCGGGUUUAUCCAUGAGCCUUCGUUCAUGCAGCGUCUUGAUGCAAUUGUCCACAGCUCGAGCCCAGAUCCUUUACUCCUUGCAAUUUGCGCACUCGCAACAAAGACUAAGGAGCAUACUGCUCUACGAGACAUCGGUACAGGAUGGGCACGCACAGCAUUGCAGAUCGUUUUCUCCCAUAUUGGCAGGAUCGAGAUCCAGUCAUUGAUGGCUAUUGUUCUACUUCAUGAACACAGUGCCCGGACGGAAGAGAUGGGUCUCUGUUUUUUGUUGUCGAGUCUAGCCUGUAGAUUUUGCCAAGCACUGCAGCUGAAUGUCGAAUAUGAUUUGGAUUUCAGUUGCGAGACUAGCGCCCUCAGCACAACGGACAAAGAAACACGGCGUCGUCUCAUGUGGGCUUGCUACUGCAUUGAUAUCUCAACUGCGUGCGGCGUUGAGCAGCUGAAAUUGCUUCGCGAGGAGGAUGUCCGUAUUCAGCUCCCGGCUCAUGAGGAAAGCUUUUUUUAUCGCACUGCUAACUCGGCCGGAUUUCUUGCUCCCCCGGGCAUGCUAAUGUCAGCAUCUGCUACGGACAAUAGCACUCAGCAAGGUCAUCGCGCAUUAUAUGUGCAACUGGCCAUCUGCCGUGAUCGUACGCUCCGCUAUCUGAAGCGUACUCACCAGGAAGAGCAUCCCAGUGACCCAACAAGCGAGUUCAAUAAACUAGCUGCGGAUCUCGACACCUGGGCAGCGUCUCUUCCGACAGACUUGCGUCUUAGUUCGGAGGUCCUGUAUGUUCGUCGAGGCCAGGGAAUGCUAGCAGCACUGUUUGCACUUCACAUCCUUUAUCAUCAAUGCUGCUGCGAUCUCUACCGGUGCCUGGUCCCAGAUUUGCAAAUGCCGCCUAGAUCUUUUCACGGCAUGAACACAGCACCACUGGAUUUUUUGGGCUCGGGCCGGCUACGCUGGUACAAUCACGCGUGUCGACUCAGCGACAUCUUUAAGAUGGCUCUUGAUCAUUCUUGGGACAGCCUCGCUGAGCCAGAGACAAGCAUCAGUGCCUAUACAGCAGUUCGAGGGAAGUUAUACUACUUGUGCCAUUUCAUGACCGCAGAAGAACGGAACAUCCAAUCACACAGAAUAAAUGAACUCAUCUCCGUCGAUAUCAAGUAUCUUCAACAGCUGCGAAGCCUGCACCCAAGUAUAACAAGGACAUUGGAUGCCACAAUUGAAAUGGUGCGCACACUGGACGCUCGUGCGGGAGGUGUAGUGCCUACCGACUCUGCAGGAGUUCAUGAAUCAAACGGCACUGGCACAAAUCUGCCACUUUCUUUCCCUCAGGUUUCUGCAGAUUACUUGCUGCAUCCGCUGGCUAAUUUCCGUCUCACGAGGCUGGGAAUAAUGGAGAAACAUGUCCCUGAAAAGGUCUACAACAUGGGUACGACAAUUUCACCAGACGUCAACUUGCCACUCUAUGAAAAUACCCCUUUUUUGCAUGGAUCGCGAGAUAUGGAUGAGGAUUGGCUUUCUUUGGUAUCUGGGGCUGGGAGACGAAACACUAUGGAUUCGCGCUGGACGGGGUUUACCGGGAUGGCUUUCGAAUGA